AACAGUGGAUAAUCGAACAAAAGUCGGCAAAGAAUAAAAAGGCAUUAAAAUAAUUUUCGCAAAUUAGGCUUGUAAACAAAACGUUUCAAGAUGCCUGUGCUGCCUAUGCCGCCGCUAAUGCAGAAUGCCGUCGAACCAAUGCAAGUGGAUGCGCCCCCGAACGAAGACAAUGAAAACAAUGAAGAGCAGCAAAUUGUGGUAGAGAAUCCAACAAUCGAUUUGGAGGUAUAUGCCAAUCAAUACACUGGCAUUGCACGACUCGAUCGACUAAUAUACGUCGCCGACGUUUGCCCGGUACUCGCGGUGGAAGCACUCAAAAUGGCCAUCACCUACGUCCAGUCGACAUACAACGUGAAAGUCUAUCAAAUGCUGCACAAGCGUUUGAGUGACCUGCAAGCAGUUGGCGGAGCUGCUGGUGCUGGCGGCGCUGCUUUGGGCGGUGACCAAGCAGCUAGCGCUGCAGCUGCUGCUGCUGCCGCCGCUGCGGCAGCUCUGCCGGAUAUCGCUGCACAACCAGCUGCAGUAGCGGCUCAAGCCAAUGCGAGCAGCGCAGGAGGCGAGAAGGAUGCUUUCGCCUAUGACGCUGUCUGGGUGGAUGCCAAGUUAAAAAAGGCGGCACUCAAGCUGGAGAAACUCGAUUCCGAUCUAAAGAAUUAUAAAUCCAAUUCCAUCAAGGAGAGCAUCCGGCGUGGCCAUGACGACCUGGCAGAUCACUACCUCAGCUGUGGCGAUCUGACCAAUGCCUUGAAGUGUUAUUCGCGUGCCCGGGACUACUGCACCAGUGGCAAACAUGUGGUUAAUAUGUGCCUGAAUGUUAUCAAGGUUUCUAUUUACUUGAAGAACUGGGCGCAUGUCAUGAGCUACAUAUCAAAGGCGGAGAGCACACCUGACUUUUCCGAGGGCUCCAAGGAGGCGAAUGCACAGGUGCACACACGUCUAGAGUGCGCCGCCGGCUUGGCCGAGCUCCAGCAAAAGAAAUAUAAAGUAGCAGCCAAACACUUUUUGGCUGCCAACUUUGAUCAUUGCGAUUUUCCAGAGAUGAUCUCCACUAGCAAUGUUGCCGUCUAUGGCGGACUCUGCGCUUUGGCCACGUUCGAUCGCCAGGAGCUGAAGCGUCUAGUGAUUGCAUCCACAUCUUUCAAGCUGUUCCUCGAACUGGAGCCACAACUGCGUGAUAUUAUUUUCAAAUUCUACGAGAGCAAGUACGCCAGUUGCUUGACGUUGCUCGAUGAGAUUCGCGACAAUCUGCUGAUAGACAUGUACAUUGCUCCACACGUCAGCCUACUCUACACGAAGAUACGCAAUCGUGCGCUGAUCCAAUACUUCAGCCCGUACAUGUCUGCCGAUAUGCACAAAAUGGCCACAGCCUUCAAUUCGACCGUGAGUGAUCUGGAAAACGAGGUAAUGCAGCUGAUACUGGAUGGGCAGAUCCAGGCGCGCAUUGACUCCCACAACAAGAUUCUGUAUGCCAAGGAGGCCGAUCAGCGCAACAGCACCUUUGAACGUGCCCUUCUCAUGGGCAAACAAUAUCAGCGCCACACCCGCAUGCUAAUCCUGCGCGCUGCCAUGCUCAAAAAUCACAUCCAUGUGAAGAGCGUCUCCCGCGAGAGUGGCAGCAAUCAUGGCGCCGAGCUCUGUGUCUCUGCAGGCUCAAGCACAACCGCACAACUGGCUCGUAUUUAAAAUGAACAACAUGUAACAACAACAAUAGAGGAACAUUCGAUUAUAUUACACUUUCUGCGACUUUUAUUUGUGCGGCUAAAUAAAGUCUUAUAGCAAAGCUAAAAU